GAGGCUGGCCAAAGAUCCGCUGUGUGAUCUUUGAGACUGACUAGUCUCGGCAUUGCUGGCGGCUGAGGUGCGGAGAGGCGAGGACUGGGAGACGGCCAAUCGCUCACAAUGAUCAGAUACAGCGUGUGGGUUGUCCUGACUCUUGCGGCCGCUUCACGGGCGGCUAUCCCCCCGACACAGAUUCAAAUUAGUCAAGAAAUGCCUCUUCGUCUGACUGGAGCCUUUCCCAUCUAUUCCUGCCCACUCUUCUGGACAGAGUUCAAUGGAUAUUGUUUCCGCUUCUUCCCCGAGACCAAGACCUGGGCAGAGGCCGACCUGUACUGUGCUGAGUUUUCAAAUGGACUUCGAUCAGCAAAAUUAGCAUCAGUCCACAGCUGGGAAGAGAAUGUGUUUGUCUAUGAUUUGGUUAACAGUCGAAUUCCUGGAAUACCUACAGAUAUUUGGAUAGGACUCCAUGAUAGAAGGGUGGAAGGUAACUUUGAGUGGACUGACGGGACAACGUACGAGUACAGUUACUGGGACGGCAACCAGCCUGAUGAUGAGAGACAACUUGUACAUGAAGAGGAGGACUGUGUACAGAUGUGGUUCCGACAGAACAGCGCUCUUAGAUCCUGGAACGAUAAUCGUUGCAACCGUGAAUUUCCUUUUGUUUGUAAAAUCCCCUCCCUGGAGAACAUCUAAGCAGCAGCUCCCUGGAGAACAUCUAAGCAGCAGCUCCCUGGAGAACAUCUAAGCAGCAGCAGGCACGAAGCUGCGUGGAACUCACUCUGACAUUACUCUGGAAUCAGCAGCAACUGGCAUAAACAAUGUCGAGGUUCUGAUCUAAGUGCUCUCCAUCAUAACAUAAUUAUUCUGAAUAAGGGUCUGAAGAAGGGUCUCAUCCCGAAGCGUCACCCAUUCCUUCUCUCCAGAGAUGCUGCCUGACCUGCUGUGUUACUCCAGAAUUUUGUGUCAACCUUCAAUUUAAACCAGCAUCUGCAGUUCUUUCCAACACAUAACAUCAUUAUUGUCUGCUGCGUGCAGGAAAACAGCUUGCUCUAAUUUCUGGCUGCUUGUUUUAUUUUCUGGCCUCGAUACAUCCUGACCCUUUUCACAUGGAAUAGAUUGACCUGCAUAUGGCUAAUCACCAAACGUUAAUAUU